AUGGGAUUCCAUACAAUUUCUAAUGAUAAAGAUCUGAAAAUUUGUGUAUUUAUGGUUGGUUUACCUGCCACUGGUAAAUCCUUUAUAUCACAAAAAAUAGUAAGGUAUCUUUCAUGGUUAUCUAUCCCAGUGAAAUGUUUCAACGUUGGACAAUCAAGACGAGAAUUAGGGGUUGUUUCACCUGAUGCUGAAUUCUUUAAUUCUCAAAAUGAAGAAAAUUAUAAGCUUAGACAAAAGGCUCUCUCUAAUACUAUGGAGCAACUUUUCCAAUGGUUUGAGAAGGAAGAUGGAACCGUGGGGAUUGUGGAUGCUACAUGUAGUACUAGAGAGAGACGUCAAUGGAUUAUAAAGCAAUGUGAAAUGUAUGAUAUUAAACCAAUGUUUCUGGAGAGUUGGUGUAAUGAUGAUGAAUUGAUUAUGAAAAAUAUUAAGGAUAUAAAUUCUACUUCACCUGAUUAUACAGAUGUAGAUCCCAUGAUGGCAGAAUUGGAUUUUAAAAAGAAAAUUCAAUAUUAUAAAAAUGUUUACGAAUCUUUGAAUUCUCAAACUGAUUCAGAAGUGACUUUUGUUAAAUUGAUCAAUAUUUCGGAAGAAGUUAUAAUAAAUAAAAUCCAAACUUAUUUACAAAGUAGGAUUGUCUUUUAUGUUAUGAAUAUUAGAAUAAAACCAAGAUGUAUAUGGUUAUCAAGACAUGGUGAAUCAAUAUAUAACGUGGAAAAGAAAAUUGGUGGUGAUUCCCUUUUAUCAGAAAGAGGUUUACAAUAUGCAAAGAAAUUGAAGGAAAUGAUUGAAGAAAAUGCACCUGGAGAAGAUUUGACCGUUUGGACAUCUACUUUGAAAAGAACUCAACAAACUGCUCAAUAUUUAAAUUUUAAGAAACUACAAUGGAAAGCUCUUGAUGAAUUAGAUGCAGGUGUCUGUGAUGGAAUGACAUAUGAAGAAAUUGAAGAAGUUUAUCCAGAAGAUUUCAAAGCAAGAGAUGAAGAUAAAUAUUUCUAUAGAUAUCGUGGUGGUGAAUCGUAUAGAGAUGUGGUUAUACGUCUUGAACCAAUUAUAAUGGAGUUAGAACGUCGAGAAAAUAUAUUAAUUAUAACACAUCAAGCUGUUUUAAGAUGUAUUUAUGCAUAUUUCAUGAAUGUUCCACAAGAGGAAUCUCCUUGGAUGGCAAUCCCAUUACAUACAUUGAUUAAAUUAGAACCAAGAGCAUACGGAACUAAAGUCACUAAAAUGAAGGCCAAUAUACCUGCUGUGAGUACUUAUAAGGAGAAAGGUACAAGUCAUGUUGGUGAAGCAGAUGUAUCUAAUAAGAAAAACGAUAAAUUUCAUAAUUUAUUAAUAAAUGCACCAGAGAUAAUAUCUCCAGUGGCAUCUUCAACAAAUUUAGGAAAAUUUGGUGAUCUAUCUAAACAAUAA